CAGAGUUUUGGAAGUGGAGAGAGAAGCCUGUGAGUGAGGGAAUAGGAGGGCACAGGGUUACAGAAAAACAUUUAACCAAGCCAUUGCCUGUAGUGGAGGCAUCUGCUGCAGCAUCAUGGACACACAAUGACCAGCAGGGUGGCCCUGUCUGAAGGUCAGGUGCCUCUGUGCCCUGCUCACAAACCAAGUGACACUUGUCAUCAUGGCACAAAUUUGUGAAUGGGGACCAGCGUUGCUGGACCAGAGUGUGGGGCUGCUUUGAUUUACUGCAAGACUAGUAGUGGCCAGAAUGACUCGCUGGUUUGCCUGUUCCUCCAAACGGAAACAAACGGCUGACUGGAAUAAAUAUGAUGAGCGUUUGAUGAGAGCAGCAGAGAGGGGAGAUGCAGAGAAGGUCUCAUCCACACUUGCCAAGAAGGGUGUUAAUCCCAGCAAACUUGACUUGGAGGGACGCACAGCAUUUCAUGUUGUAGCUUCAAAGGGUCACCUGGAAUGCCUGAAUCUUAUCCUGGUGCAUGGGGUAGAUCUCACAGCCCCAGAUGCUGCAGGUAGAAACGCUCUGCAUUUAUCAGCAAAGUAUGGCCACUCCUUGUGUCUGCAGAAACUGCUGCAGUUCAAUUGCCCAACAGAGAAUGUGGAUCUGCAAGGCCGGACUGCCUUACAUGAUGCAGCCAUGUCUGAUUGCUGUUCCAGCGUGCAGCUUCUUUGUGAUCAUGGGGCUUCUGUUAAUGCAAAAGAUGGGGAUGGAAGGGCUCCUGUGGCUCUUGCAACCCAGAUGUGUCGCCCUGCCAUUUGUCAACUUUUAAUAGAAAAAGGAGCAGACAUUAAUUCCAGAGACAAGCAGAAUAAGACGCCCCUCAUGCUGGGCUGUGAGUAUGGCUGCAAGGAGGCAGUGGAUGUCUUAUUGAGAGCUGGAGCUGAUGUUAACUUGGUUGACUCCUUUGGUCAUGACUGUGCAUAUUAUAGCAGAAUUGGAGAUAACCUGGAGAUCCUAGCGAUGAUCAAAACAGCCAUGGAGAAUUCACCUCAAGGGCUAGAUCCUGUCCGAAGGAUUGUCUCUCUGCGUACGAGAAAGACAAAGCAAAACUCAGUGGAAGAGGGUAGUGUCGUAUCUAAGGAGAAAUCGCUGGAUCUGGAAGCUGAGAAUGAGAACUUACGGGAGAGGCUUCGGAAAAUACAGCAUGAGCAGAGAAGUCUCUUUGAGAAAGUGGAGGGAUUACAACUUCAGCUCAACCAGGAGCAAAUGAUGUCUGAUGACCUAGAGAAUGAGAAGGAGCAUUUGAAAUCUAUUCUAGAAGGAAAAGAAAAAGAACUAGAAGAAUGUCUGAGAACCAUGGAAGGUUUGAGGGGGAAAGUGAGAUAUUAUGAGCAGAAGAAUUAUUUGGCACAGAGCAGCCCAUUCGGUAAUGGUAAAGAAGAGGUUGUGAUGAAACAGAAUUCUAUAUUGGGUGUGGACCCACAGCUUGCAGCUCACCUGCCGGCCAGGUCUCAGCUGCGGCCACUGGAGCUCCCAGGAGAAAAUACAGAUCAGCGCCAUGAACUGGAAACUAUACGUAGAUACUAUGAAGCUGCAAGAGAUGAGACAAUAAAGUUGCAACAGGAGCUAUCAAGGAGAUCUUCUGAAUGUGUGGCGCUUGUCUCAGAGAGGGAUCGAUGCAAGGUGGAGUCUGACCAGCAAAUUCACCAACUAGAGGAUGCGUUGCGAGAUGUACAGAAAAGAAUGUUAGACUCUGAGGGGAAGGUCAAACAAAUGCAAACGCAUUUUCUAGCCCUAAAGGAUCACCUGACUCAGGAAGCCCUGAGUGGUAGUUCUCGUGCUGAGGACAUGGAGGAGCAGUUGAGAGAAGUCAAAGGGAAAUACGAGGGAGCAUCGGCUGAGGUUGGUAAACUAAGAAAUCAGCUGCGCCACAAUGAACUACUGGUACAAGAGCUACGCAGAGAGGAUGCCCGCUUGCGUAAGGAGAAUCGCAGGCUGCAAGAUGAGGUGGCUGUCUGUGAAGAAGAAAGGGAUCGCGCAGAACGCGUGACACAGGAGGCCAGAGAGCAGCUUGCCCUUUCUGUCACCACGGACAAGUUUGAGAACAUGCGAUGUCUGCUUACCAAUGAAGUGAAUGAGAAGUCCCGGGCAUUAGAGAUGGCUGAAGCGGAAUUGACACAAGUACAACAAGAGCUUGAAACUGCACACAGAGAAAAGAAAAGAACAGAAGCCAAAUUAGAUAUGUUGAGGAAGGAAGUUGAAGAAAUGAAUGUUAAGAAUCACAGCUUUGGACGAGAGGGUGAAAAACUGCAAGCAGAAAAGGUUCUGCUGCUGCGGCAAAUUGAGGAUCUUACUGCACAAAUAAAGAGCCAACACGUGCCAGCUGAGCUUCAUGCCGAGACCAAAAGAGCCUUAGAAGUAACCAUUUCUCAGCUUAACCAGAGACUAGCAGAAUCUGAAAAGACUCACAGAAAGUCUGAAAUGGAUAUGGAGAAACUGCAGAAAGAGAAGAAAGUAUUAACUGAAAAUAUAUCUCUGCUUCAGGCUUCAAGUACCCCUAAAGAGAUACAUGAAAGAGAGCUUACGUCCAUGAAAGCAAAGGCCAAAGAGCUAGAAAGGCAACUGGCUGAGGCACAGAGAAAACGUGAGGAGGAGACUGCUAGAGCAUGUAGUCUUCAGUUGGAGAACACCAGUUUUAGGGAGGAUUAUCUGCCACUGACCACCCACCACAAGGCCACUUCCAUGCUGACCAGUGAGCUUGACAAGACUAAAGAAGAUCUGGCAACACUUAAAAAACAAGUUGAAAAAGAAUGUGGAGAGAAGGCUGUACUAGAGUCAGAGCUUCAGGCUGAGUGUUCAAAACGCGCAGCACUACAAGCACAGGCAGACAGAGAAUCUCUCAAGCGGGCAGAUUUGCAAGCAGAGAUGAAAAGCAUUGUUAGAGAGCGUGAAGAACUGCAAGGGCAGCUGAAAACCAGAACAGAAGAGCUAUCAGAUUUGCAGGCCCAGAUGCGCAAGCUGAAAAUUCAGGUAGAUAAUGAAUAUGUGAAGCUUAAAGUACACGAAGAAAAAAUAUUGGAACUGCAAAAGCAAAAAGAACAAAUACUGCAAGAGUUGUCUCAAGCCCAUGCCAAGAACCAGCAGUCACAAGAGGAAGUGCUGAGACUUCAGACUGCGAUCCGCGGGCAGAAAGAGGAGCUGGAUACACUGCAGCACUGUAUUUCAGAGAAGUACGCUCCACUGGCCAGUAUAGAAGAAAGAGAGCAGAGCUUUCAGAAAUCACUUGGUGCGCUAGAGAAAGAACUGGAGAAGGAGCGCUGCAGAAGCAGAGAGAUUCAGCACAAGCUGGAGCAGCAUAAACAGGAUGCCCAAGACUUCCAGAAAAAAUUGGAGUCUGCAAAAUUAGUGUUACAACAGGAGAAAGCUGCUCAGGAGCAGGAGAAGCUUGCACUGCAGAGCCAGUUGGCAGAAACGCACGCUUUGCUUCUUCAAUUACAGAAGUCUGAGGCUGAGAUGAAGCAGAAACAGCAAGAACUCCGGGAGCAGAACUUAAAGGCUCAAAAUAAAAUCGGUGAGAUGAAAGAUCAGCUAAGGAACCAGUACAUUCCCAUUCAAGAGCAUGAGGACCUAAAGGCUAUUCUAAGCACAAAAGCAUCUCUGGAGGUACAGCUGAAAGAACAUAUGGGUCUGUAUGAAAAGGAACUGGAGAAAGUAAAGAGUCUUGAAAAAGAGCUUGAGAAACAGAAAGAUGGUUCUCUUCCCCUUGUGCUCCAUGCCCAGGAGGUGCAGGCCUGGCAGAAGAGACAAGCGGAAACACAGAAAAGGCUGCAGGAGAAGGAGGAAGCAGCGCAGGCAGCAGAGCAGCAGCUUAAACAGCUCAAGGAUGAACUACACACACUCCGCCUCAACUUGCAGGAGGCUGAGCAAGAGAAAGAAGAUUGCACUGCUGCAAGGAUAGAACUGGAGCAGAAAGUAGCUCAGAUGGAGCAGAGCAGCAGCAAGGGCAAUGAACAGGCCACGCAAAUGAGCCAAGAGCUGCAGAAAUCACAAGAGGAGAGUGUGAAAUUAAGAGAGAAAAGCAGUGUCAUUGAACAUGAAAUUUCCCAGCUCAAAGGAAGGUACGACGAAUCUCUGGCCACAAUAGAAGAGCUAAAGAGUCGAAUCCUGUCGUCAGCCAAAGACCUUAAAGACAAGGACAAAGAGAUCUCUGCUCUCGUAAAUGAUGUGGAGAGGCUGAAAAUAGCUAAGGCCCAGAUGACAGAAGUUGUUGGGAAGAAACUGUCGUAUGAGAUCCUGCAGUCUCAGGUGGUGUCUCUGCAGCGCCAACUAGAGGAAACUCAGCAGAAGCACCAAGACAUCAUUGCCAUCUACCGCUCACACCUGCUUAGUGCUGCCCAGGGUCACAUGGAUGCUGAUGUCCAAGAUGCCUUGUUACAGAUUAUCCACAUGCGGCAAGAGCUCGUCUUCUAAAACCUUCACUUCUUUUGUUAUGUGAAUAGAGGCCAGGGACUUACUCAAUGUACAUUAAACCAGUAAUGAUUAAAUAUACAUAUAAUUAUGGGAGACCAAAAUACAAAAUAAACAAAAAAUUAGGUAUAGGAAGUGGAUUAGUAACAGAGGUCAAACAUUGGAGCACAAAGAAGAUGGGGUAAAUAAAUGGAUGUGCAUGGGAAGGUGAAUAGAAGGGAGGGUUUGUGUAGGGGAGAAGGAUAUGUAAGUGACUUAAUUGAAGGGUAUAGUAAUGUGAUGGGUUGGAGGCCUAAAAGUUGCCUGUUGGGCUGUGUAUAGCGAGAGGAAGAGCAGCAGGAGAUGAGCGAGAGUAAGGUAGAAAAUUGAUAUUGGAUUGAGGGCAUAAACGCUGGGUGAGGCAGAGAGGGUAUGUAAGUGAGUACAGCGCACAGGGAAGGUACCAGAGAAUAGAGACGGCAGCACAGAAUUUGAGGUGAGAUUUGAAGCCGCAUGUGAUAAAAAGGGAAAGGAUUUUUGGGGGAUGUUUUAGGAGAACCACAUACAAUACUUGUUUUUGUAUAUUAAUGCAUCUUUUUGCUCAGCUGACAUCUUUAUUUUCACCCUUGUCCGCAAAACAGAUCUUAGUUGUCAUACUGAGCACCAAAUUAACUUCAAUAUUACGGCCAAAAAUAGAACUGAGACUUAGUGGGAAAAACCAUACCAGGCUCCAGAAUACCAGUUUACACUCCUACCAGUUUACACUCCGAGUAAAUAGACAGUAAAUAGACAUAGAAUUCUAUAUUUAUUUUAUAUAUAUAUUUUUUGUAUGGGUAUUUUGAUCACUUACUUCAUGGAAUGAUCAGCUGGUCUGACAGAAAUUCCAUGCUAACUAAAUACUGCAUAGCUGUAGAGGUGGCAGGACCAUACCAUUAUCCAGUAUAUGCUCAUGUGCCUUUCUCUUUAUUAUGUCUUUACAACUGUUUCUAGCAGUGUUUUUGCUGCAUCUCUAUACAGUGCUAUGGCUUUUUGCUCUCAUUGCCAGUAUUUUUGCUCAUGCCAGACAAAGGCUAGCCUGGCUUAUUUUAUCUUUUCAUUUAUAGAGGCAGGAAGAUGUGUGCUCAGUCCUAUUUCUUGGCUGCAUUUGUGUACAAUUCAAUAAAUAAACCAUGUUAAACCUG